AAGGCGCCUCCCGCAGUCGCUCGGAACUGCCCAUCCGGAGCUGUCCGCAGAGGGCCUGCGGUGGGAACCGAGUGGGUCGGGCGGGGCCGAGCCAGGCCGUGGGCCGUGCGGGGGCCGGGCCGGCGGACGGCGGGAUGGGGUGCACCGUGAGCGCCGAAGACAAGGCGGCAGCCGAGCGCUCCAAGAUGAUAGACAAGAACCUGCGCGAGGACGGCGAGAAGGCGGCGCGGGAGGUGAAGUUGCUUCUGUUAGGUGCUGGCGAGUCAGGAAAGAGCACCAUCGUCAAACAGAUGAAGAUCAUCCAUGAAGAUGGCUAUUCAGAGGAGGAAUGCCGGCAGUACCGGGCAGUUGUCUACAGCAACACCAUCCAGUCCAUCAUGGCCAUUGUCAAGGCUAUGGGCAACCUGCAGAUUGACUUUGCUGACCCUCACCGUGCGGAUGAUGCCAGACAGCUGUUUGCACUGUCUUGCACUGCUGAGGAGCAAGGCAUGCUUCCUGAGGACCUUUCCGGCGUUAUCCGGAGGCUCUGGGCUGACCAUGGUGUGCAGGCCUGCUUCAGCCGCUCAAGAGAAUACCAGCUCAACGAUUCAGCUGCCUAUGAUAUUGAAAGGCCAGAAGGGAUGACAGUCAAGGUGGCUUCCACAGUACCUCUUCCAGACCACUUGAACCUUAUCUUCUUCACCAUUGUGUCUCCCUCAGGAGCCAACAAGUAUGAUGAGGCAGCCAGCUACAUCCAGAGUAAGUUUGAGGACCUGAAUAAACGCAAAGACACCAAGGAGAUCUACACACACUUUACGUGUGCCACCGACACGAAGAACGUGCAGUUUGUGUUUGAUGCCGUCACUGAUGUCAUCAUCAAGAACAACCUGAAGGACUGCGGCCUCUUCUGAGGGGCAGUGGGCCUGGCAGGAUGGGCCACUGCUGACUGCUCCUCCAGCCCCUGAGGAAGAUGGGGCCAAGAAGACCACGCUCCCUGCCUGUCCCCCUGGCCGCUUCUCCCCUCUGUCCUCUUCGUUCUCAGCUCUCCUGGUCCUUCCCUCAGCUUCAGACUCAGGGGAGGGGUGGCCACAAGCCUCAGUUUGAAGCCUGCCUCUAUCAGAGGUGCCAGGAGUAGCCAUGGUGCCUCUUCCUGGGCAUCUGUUCUAGUCUUUUGAUCGUUGUCUUAUUCUGUGGGGGGUGGGGAGCACAUGCCGAGUCUCCAUGGCCUGUGUCUGGAGGGGCACCCACUUCUCUAGCCUGGACCCCUGGCUUUGCCCAGCACCAGCCCUGACCCAGCCCAAGUCCAAAUGUUUACAGGGAGCCUCCUGCCCUUCCUGCCCCCACUACCGCUCAGAGGCCCCAAAGGAAAAAGCACAAGAAGUGUGAGACGCCACCAUUCCAGGAGACCACAAGUCCACCUGCUCAUUCUCAUAGCUUUUUUAAAAAAUGAAAGUAAAGGAAAAAAAAAAAAAAAA